CGCUGACUGGCUCGCUACGCCAUUGCUUGCUUCUUUGCUCUCCGCCAUUUUGUUUGAGUUAAUUCGUGAAGUUUUGUGUGUAUAACCCUACUGUUUUGAUAAAAAAUUGGGAAGAAAUAACUGUGAUAUAAUUAUAGAUUAAACGUAUUUUUAAGCAUUAAUAUUAAAAGUUUAUAAACGUAGGUUUAUUUAGUGUUUCAAGACAAUGGGCAGGAAGAAGAAGAAGGCUUCUAAACCUUGGUGCUGGUAUUGUAACAGGGAAUUUGACGACGAAAAGAUUCUGAUCCAACAUCAAAAGGCGAAACAUUUCAAAUGUCAUAUUUGUCACAAGAAGCUGUACACUGGGCCAGGAUUGUCAAUACACUGCAUGCAGGUUCACAAAGAAGCCAUAGAUAAGGUUCCAAAUUCAUUACCAAAUAGGUCAAAUAUUGAAAUAGAAAUCUAUGGUAUGGAAGGUAUCCCACCUGAGGAUGUGAAGGAGCAUGAAAAGCAGAAGUCAGGUGGGGGCAAGGGGUCGGACAGUGAGGAUGAUGAACCGGCGGCAAAGAAAAAAGCAACGCCGGCCUUGUUAGGAGCAGGUCCGUCGACAGUGGCACCUGGCAUCCUCCCCACACCAAUGGGCCCCGUGCCCCCGGGCAUGUACGGGCCUAUGCCUAUGAACCCCAUGAUGUCUCAAUUUAUGCAGGCACCUAGGAUGAUGAUGCCUGGAAUGCGUCCUCUAUUCCCUGCGGCGAGUAUACCCACCUCAACACCAAAUAAGCCUACCUUCCCUGCUUACAGCAAUGCCACAAUCAGCGCCCCGCCCACCACGUCGACGUCGGCGGGCGCGGACGCGAAGGAGAACGGGGACGUGAAGCCUCCGGCCGCCAACUCGUGUCCGCUCGUCACCGCCACAGGGGCCGGCUCCAAAAUUAUACAUCCGCCUGAAGAUGUGUCGCUGGAGGAGAUCCGCGCGCGGCAGCCGCGCUACAGGCCCAAGCCAAAGCCCGACGCCCCCCACAGCCAGCCGCAGAUGGCUCAGCCCAUCAUCACCCCCAGCACCAGCCAGGCCGAGUACUUGCAGGUGGCGGCGCACAUGUCGGCGGCGGUGGCGGCGGCGCGGCAGCUGCGGCGGCCGCUGCUGCCGCCGGCGGGGCUCGUGAUGCAGCCGAUGCGCGUGGGCGUGCCGGUGUCCAUGCCGCCCGUCAUGGGCAUGUUGCCCGUCAUGCCGCAGUUCAACCUCAUGCGCCCCAUACAGCCCGGUAUGCUGCUCCCGGGCGGCAUGAUGCCGAUGGGCGCCAUGUUUCCCGGCGGAGUCCCCGGCCUUCCCAUGAUGCAGCCCCGCUUCCGGUAACCGCCGCUCGCAACGCAAACCGUUUGACAGAGACGGCGACGCGAGCGAAGGUAGGCGCUCGCUAUAGUUAACGUCCGCUUGAACUGUGUCACAUAUAUAACGCGGUGUCGGGAACUAACGCCAGGUAAGGCCGGACAGGUGACCGCGGUCGCCCGCUGGGGUUGGGCCGGGGUUCCCUGCGGACCGGGCCGCGGCGGCCGACCGCAGGCGACGAGUCGAGUCACAACUAGCGUUGUUGGAUUUCCGGCCCCCUGUCCCCGCGAUUACGUUAUCUAUUCUAUCACCGGCUCUCGCAUAGACUGUCGACAGAUUUCAGUAGUGAAUAUACUUAAUUUCUGGUGUUAAGAUGUGUGUAAGGAUAAUCGAGAUUGAAUUGUUAAUGUUAUCAUCUGCCUUGAAUUUUUCUUAAGCAUUUCCACAUGAAGUUGUGACGUUUGCCUACUCUUGUAGAUUUUGACUAUUUUACUCAAUAAAUGCUGUGGACUUGAAA